CCGACGCUUCCUCCUUGCCGGCGAAGCCUCCUCCCAAAAUGCCAGCGAUUCUUCCCUCUCCUCUCCUCCAACUCCUAUUCCUCCUCGCAUUCUCUUCAAGCCCAGCGAUCUCGGACUCGGAGAUCGUGCUGGAGUCCGGCUACACUGUGUCCACCGUGCUGGACUGCAACAAACCCCUCGCCGUCGCCGGUCUUCCCUCUUCCGCCGCCGUCAACCCCUUCUCCAUCCUCCCCCGGCCCCGAUCUCGCGACCUCCUCCUCCUCGACUCCUCCGGCUCCGCCUUCUACUCCCUCGCCAUCCCCCUCUCUCAAGACGGUGAUGUCAGGCUGUUCUCUGGCAAGGGUUUCCCCGGCUUUGCCGAUGGGGAUCCGACGGACGCGAUGUUCAAGAACCCCAGGAGUUUCGCGAUUGAUUCCAAGGAGAAUAUCUACGUGGCGGAUCGGAGCAAUUAUGCCAUUCGGAAGAUCAGCAGAUCAGGCAUGACCACCACAAUUGCUGGAGGUUACUCAAAGAAAACAGGGCAUAUUGAUGGGCCUGCUCAGAAUGCAUCUUUUUCAAAUGAUUUUGAGCUGGUGUAUGUCCCCAAUAUAUGUGCCUUGAUGAUUUCAGAUCGUGGAACUAGGCUGAUUCGCCAGAUGGAUUUAAAACCGGAAGAUUGUGCACAUGAAUCCCAAACAGGGCUCGGAGUGACCUCUGUAUCUGUGAUUGCAAUCUUAUGUGCGCUCUGUGGGAUAGUUCUUGGGUUUAUAGCUCGCCCGUUUUUCACCCGCAAUACAGGAAGUCUCCGGCAGCCACUGUACCAGCAAGACAUGGAAACAUUACCAAACCAAUCUGAGGACACAAGCUCUGAUGGCCUGCUCCGGCAUAAAAAACGCAGUUGCUAACUCCACACUCCAUGUCCUCUUGAUUAAACUUGUAAAUUUGAGUCUAUGCUAUCUGUCUACUGUAUUUCGUAAUAUUACUCUAGGAAUUCGAGUUUGGUUUAGGGGAAGUGUUCCAUCGCUUGAAUCAGAUGUAGGGAGCUAUAGUGGUAUUGCAGAGUCACCGGUUCUUGCUGAUCAGUUGAAGGAUAUGAUCACUUUUGAUGGGGUUAUGGAUGUUUUGGAGGUGACUAGUUGCUCUAGGAAGGAAGAUGAGAUGAAAGAUGCUUCAAAAUGGAACCAUGGGAAAAUAGAAGACAUGAUAAGAGCCAACUUAACAGAUUUUGCUUGUGGAACCAACCAAGGCCAGAUGGAUGGGCACAUGCUCUCCAGUUCUUGUCUGGUUAGAAGGAGGCCAAGGGAACUUGAUGGGCUGUAACCGUGUACUCAAUAGUUGUUAAAAAAAACUGUUCCUUGCUGUUUUAACUGUUGUCUAUGGUUAACGUUGUGAUGUACUAAAAUCUGAAUUCUGCUGUAUACUUACCUUUAAGUUAAUGAACUGUGGUGCUUUUAUCACUA